UGCGGUUCGACAAUCAUCUAUCUGUGAAGAAGUUUUGACUAGGCGCCAUUGCCACGAAGGCUGUGGUCGUGAUUGUGAACACGAUAACGCAUGUGCCUGGCACGUAGAGUACUCUGUCUCCUACUGACAGUUUUUCGAAUGUCGGAGUAGAGUCAGGAAUUAACAAGUACAUUCAUUAAAGAUAAAAUCUAAGCUGUCCUCUCGUCACUCUCUUACAGAAAAAGGACUACACAAUGAUGUCAUCUUCUGCAUCUCCUACUACCUUCUAAGGGUGGGACCACCAGGAGAAUCAUGGCACAAGAAAGAUUGCACGACUUCCGCGACUCGCUGCGAUAUUCAGACAUGAUGGGCAUGCAAUCGUGAAGCCGCACCCGCACGACGACCACAGUUCGCUUCUUUUCGUCGGCCUCCGCCGUCGCAAUGAGACACGUCGCACGACCGGCACAAUCGCAAUCCUUGCCUCAUUAUGUGUAUCGUGGUGUGCAGGCGCGAGGCAUUCCCGGCAAUGCGCACGCACUACACGACGAGGCGCAGCUGCCCCUGUCCGCUGCCGCAGAGGCUGCGCUUUCUCCGCAGAACAAGCGCGUGUCGAUUCACCGGCUGCGCAAGGCCAUUGUCGAGUCGCUUGUCUUUCUCCGGCGUCCCGAGCCACUCAGUCGCAAGUGGUAUAAAAUGUAAAAGUGUCUGGGUCUGGAAACUUGUGAUGCUGGGUGGCGUCUCAUGAUGAGGCCACAAGUGCUGGCUCAGCAUGACAAGUUUCUGAGCUUAUAGGUGUUGCCUAUUCUGCAUGACAAACUGCGUUCCUGCAUCGCAGAAAAAUGGAGCUCUUGGGUAGCGUGCAUGGCAGAUUUAAGAGUCAUGCCAGACAAGCAUGACAAACAUGAAUUCUUCCAGACCCAGACAUUUUUGCAAUCCAUAAGUGGACCGCGUACGCGAUACGGGCACUGGGGCGGGAAAAAACAACGAGUCAAACAGAGAGCAUUUUAGCGCUCCUGCAAAUGCAGCUGUCCAACGCCGGCGCUAGCUUCCAUUGCUUCAGCGCCGCUCUCAACGCACUGCCUCUGCAAGACGCGACCAGGGUCUUCGACCUGGAAAUACGGUGUCGUUUGCCGGUCCCCAGAUCUGCGAGCAGUAGCACACCAGACGCGGCACCCUCGUCGUUGCCGGCCGAGAAUAAUUUUUUCGGCGACACAGCGACAAAUGCCCCCGACGAGACCACGUCCAUUAGUGCAGAGAUCAUUUCCGUCACGACUCACAAUCAGGAGCUGUGCCCGGAGCACGCGUCGGGCAUCGUUGUUACGUACGGGGCGCUGAUUCAAAAAUGUGUGCAGGGGAAGGAGGCCAAACUGGCUUUGCGUUACUUUCACGAGUUUCGCUCGCGGUACAGCACCUGUCGGGAGGUGCGUCCCAGUUCGCAACUGUACACUUCCGUGGCAAAAGCACUCGAUCUUGUGGACGACGCCCCGGGUGUGCUUCGCCUGUUUGAGGACGCGGUAACCCAGAGCGCAGUGGAUUUGGUUUUGGCGAACGCGGUCUUGUCCGCCGUGGUACGGCAGCCCGGGCACGAAGAGUCCGCGACGAGGAUAUUCGCGCGCAUGAAGCACGAGCUGUCCCUCGAUCCUUCCGUGGUCACGCUGAAUACGAUGCUGAGGCUUUUCGCGCGCCAGCGCGACAGCAAGGGGGCUUUACAGCUCCUUCGAGCAGAGGGCUACAAACUUCGCCGUCGAGAGGAACAGCUGUUCGACCAAGUCACCUUGAGCACGCUCAUCCAGUGCUUCGCGCCGUCGCAGUGGAAGCACGCGGUUAGGAUUGCUUUGAAGAGUGACUGGUCAUUUCUGGAUCAAGAAAACAGUGAUAAUGAGGCGGAGUUUGAUGACAAGCUGCAUCUGCCAGAUCAUGAUGGUCAACAUGAGCCGCAUGGCCCAAGAAACACGCUGCUGCAGAAUCCUGAUGUUGACAAGACACACGAGCUAACGUCCUCUCCCCCGUGCCUGCUGUUUUCCGGAAAAAAUGCCGAUGUUGGGCACAAAGGCAACACCGGAUCGACAGCUGCAUGGGGGUUCACGCAUCUGUUCUCACUUUUGCACGAUGCGGCUACGAUGUCUCAAGUGCGUUCCCGAGAAGCUGGCGUCUCUGUUUAUCCGACCAAGGCCGAGCCCUACCUCGCUGCGAUAACAGGCGAGGAUGAUGCCGGGGAGGUGGAGGACGGCACCACCGAGGAAGCCUGCAACGACCUGCAGUUGCGCGAGCUUCGUCGCGUGACGCGUUAUCUGGCAAGCAGGUUGGCCGACCACGCGGAGAUUGUCGAUCAUGUGCUGCUUUCGAAAUUGCUGGAAUUGCUGGAUGCAGUUGGCGACGUGGAAACAGCGGUGGCGUGGUAUCGCACUUUUCAGGACCUGAAAGCGCGGCUGCAGACCAGAAGACAAGAUGAACCUGUGGUGAAGGCGACCGAAGAUGAAGCGAAUCGCGAGAGCUGCAAAGCGCCACAGCACCAGCGAGAGUUUAUGACGCCUACGCCUGAUGGGGCUGGUCCUGGUACUUCGUCGGGCGGAGGUCCAGGGUACUACGAGUUUGUGGUGAGCCGAACGAAACGCGAUGGCGUGCGGACAACACAGGUCUUGGACCUACAUCACCACAAUUGCGCCGAGGCCCGUAUCGCCAUCGUCGCGGAGAUCGCACGACAGGUUGGCAGACGACAGAAGAACUCCACGCAGAGUAAACAGAUCACGGCCACGCGUGAAAGCGCGGAAGAUUUUUCGGAUAAAGACAGAAACCGAUGCGAGGAGCAAGAUAGUGCACCUCUCACGACGUCUUCGGCCGCAACACGGCCCUCAUCUCCAUUUACAUCGCAGGGAAAAAGCGGAGAAAAUGAAGAAAUAGAAAAUGAAAGAAAGGUUUUCCUCCUUUUGCAAGUGGGUCAAGGACUUAUGGCGCGCCUAACGACAGUUUUUCUAACUAUUUCAAAAAUCGGUAUGUAGGAUGUAAAAACUAUCUAGUGUAGCAUCGAAGUAGCUAGCUGAAUUAGGUAGUAUAGUAGGUAGCUAACACGACGCCUCCGGAUGUGUGUCGUAACGGUUGACCAGCCAGUCCACGGAGCACAAGUACCUGUUGCAGUUGGAGGAGAUGGUGAUGUGAAGAGGAGUGUGGAAUUGUAGAAGAUCUUGAGCAUGAGAUGAAAAGAGAAUGUUUGUGUCAUCAUUAUGCACAGCUGAAAAACAGGAACGUUGCGACUUUGAGUUCUGCGAUCACGCGAAAGUAAAUCAAUGAGAUUGAGAAGCGAAUGAAAGCACUGCGAUGCGCGAUAGAUGUGUGCAAUUUGAUUAGUAAACGCUGUUCAACACAAGCCAACUUCUAUACCUUCACAACCCCGAACUACCCCGCUGAUAAAAUUCUGCAAAGAUCCCUCCGAAGUCAUCACGUUGUACUGAUUUUCAUUUUCUUGUUGUGCGUCAUGUGGUGCUUCUUCUUCGUUCUGAAACUAAUCUUCCAAUCAAACCGAAAACCGUAGGGAUAAAUUGAGAGUUGUUUUUUCCUCGAGCAUCUGCUCCAAAACACCAAAACACAAAAUGCCGAAGACUUACUCUGCGAUGGAUUUCGUCAAGGGCAAGAUCGGCAAGCCCAGCCGCGCUGAUCUGAAACUCUUCAGAGAUGCGUUUUCUGAACUUGAUGAAGAGCUUGAUGCCGAGGAGGAGAACUUCGUGCCCAUGUGCAGCCUGUCCCGUCAGGCCUUUCCGGGAACCCUCGAGCGUAUACGUUGUUGUUUUGUUUUAUUACAAUUACACGAUAUUCUGAUAGGAAAUUGUGGCUCUGACUUGUAGUUGUGUUUGAUUCUUCGGUCCACGCGUGUUUUGUAAAACCACCUCUGGCAUGCUUGCGUUUGAAAGUCCAGCUGAGCCUAUCUCUUGGCACGCUAGUCUGUGUUGCAUUAUCUGGCACCGAUAAGCACUGAUGUGAUGCAGGUUUCUGAUACAAAGAUGCAAAACGCGCGUGGUCUAGUUAGCAUGACUAAUUGGCACAACAAACCAGCACCAUUUAUUCACAUUCGAUAUCUUCCCGAAAUCAAAUCAGGUUUCGGCCAGUUGCCCAUCGAGAUCGUCCAGGUUUCCUUGAGCACCCUGAUGCACCGCAAUGUCAUGUACGUCGCCCGCUACGUGUACUCCGUCGCGCAGUGGAAGUACAUCUUGGUGAAGAUGAAGAUCCCGAUCGACAUGGUAUUUUGCUGCUGUAUAGUGAUGUUGUCUUGCGCGCCUUGUACAGAAGGUCCGUGCUCCGUGUCGGUUUCUUAACUUCAAUUAGUGCUACUGCAAAGACAGACGUUUUUCAAGGACGUAGCUCCACAGUACCCGCAUGCAACCACACCAAAAUCUCAACUGCAGGUCAUCCAGAAAUGCUCGAAGACCAAGUUCCGCCACCUGCAGCAGGUCGUGAAGUUGUUGGCCCUGGCCGGUUAUGUUGUGUAAAAGUAUCGCACUGUUAAGCAUUACAACCUUGCACGACUGAUCAUCAUCACGUCGAAGAUUUGCAUUGCAAACUCGUCUUCUGAUGUUGCGAAAAAUUGUUGAUAGAAUUGCCACUGCGCGAUACUUUUAUAUUGCGUAUUGCCUCCAAGAUGCAGUGGACGAUCGUCGUUGAGAUGUGCCCCGCGCCCGAGAAGUGCGUGAUCACCAAGCUCGACAGCUGUGCGCAGUACGCCGAGACCACGCGGACCCCCGGCAUGGAGGGCGUGUCGAUGACCGCGACCCCGGGUGUGAUGAUGCCCGGCCAGACCCCCGGUCACUUCGGCAUGACCCCCAUGGGUAUGACUCCGUACGGACUGCAGUUCGCGCCGAGUCCCAACAUGAUGUCCAACGGACAGCAGAUGGUGCAGAUGACCCCCGGACCGAACGGCACGGCACAGCUUUAUUACCUUCGUUUUUUACAUUCGGUUUUACGGCAAGAGAAACAGCUGUAGACUAUUCGGUUUGUGAAAUGGACACUGCAACUUCAUUUGUCCAACGUAUUGAUUCCAACAUACACAUCAAACCUGACACACAGGUUUUCAUGGCUUCGAAUGCCGCCGUGCAGUCCGCGAGCCAGCAGUUCGGCGCGGGCAAGACCGAGGUCGUCGCCGACAAGGACAAACUGGCCAAAGGAUUGCGCAAGUCCGUCGGCAAGACCGGUCUCAUUGCCACCCCCAAGGGCAACGACGACGUCGACCCCGUCACCCUCGAGUUUGACGACCCGAUCACCCCCGGGAAGAAGCACUCCUUGAACAUCAUCGACAACCAGAAGAAGGUACUGCGUGAGUAAUUAGGAGAGCAUUUGUAGAGUAGCGUGUAAGAAAGCCCUGCACUCGCCCCUGCGAGUGCACGGAUGGUUGUAAUGAACGCACACGGAUCCGUGGCAUCGGUGUAUUUGUGCAUAUGCAUCUUCCAACCAUCACUAAUUACUCACUGACAGCCCGCUUCCACCAAAGUCACCCCGAAGGACAAAUUCGCGGAGGCGCUGAUGUCCGUGUUGAAGCCGGCGGACCAGGAGUCCUUUGUCGAGUUCUUCAUGACGUCGUCCGCGGACAAGCGGGCCCGCGAGGAGAUUGAGAAGGAGAACGAGACGUUGAGCAAGAUGUUGGAGAAGCAGGUCUUGCAGGAGGAGAAAGACAAGUCCAAGGCCCUCAAGGAGAAGGAGAAGCUCCAGAAGAAGUUGGAGAAGGAGAUCGCGAAGAACAAGAAGAGCAAGACCCCCGCGAAAGCGUCGCGCGCCUCCUCGACCACCGCUUCUACCUCCAAGGCGAUGAAGAAGAUGAUGUCGAUGAAGAAGAAGUGAUUAGGGUCGGUCAAACGCGAGUUAUGUUUCUGUGGUUCCACCAGAAUACGACGUUGUGACUUUGAGAACGCGUCGGUGCUAUGCUGGUUCAAUAGUUUUACGCAUGACAGAUUUGUAUUCCCGCCAGCAUGACAGAUUUGUAUUCUCGCCAGCAAAGAACCGACACGCUCUCCCUUUUGCCAACCAUAACAGUUUUGAAUCGAUCUUUACACUGGUGGUUCCACAUAUGAAGUUUCACUAGACUAAAAUAUAUGUUAUUUUGAAUAAAAAAUUAUUCCAUAUUUUAUCGCCAGCUUAAUGCGCAGAAAGCUGGCGAUUACUACUGAAGACUACACAAAAAAAUAAUGAAUUUAUUUGUUAAAAUUCAAACAAUUUCGUUGUAAUAACCAUUACUGUGAAAUCCACCUCCUCUUUGGUCCGGCAGCUGGCUGGUCGCGUCCGCUGUCGGCUUUCUACCUGUAGCGAUCAACAAUGAAUUAAUCGUGAGGCGUCGAACUACCUUUCCUUGACGAAUGAUGUUGGAAUCAAGAACAAGCUUCACGACGAACAAAUGUAGAUUUCGCAUCUGAGUCCGCACGUAUGAAUCCAUUGAAGUGUGCUUGCGAGCAAAGAACCAGAUAAAAAAGGUUGAAUGUGUAGGCUGUACCUGUUGUUCGGAUGCGAGUGUCAGAUAGUCGGUUGUAUCGUAGACAGGGUCGAAGCAGGCGUGCGAAAGAUGGAGCACACACUGCAAUGGGCUGAAGGUCGGUUGUGUAGUUGUUUGCGCUGUUCGGUCGAACGAAUGAUAUAAUCGUGGGGCUCGUAAACAGGUCUCGAAGUAGACGGAGAGAUAGCGCACGCACUGCGAGAGAUGGAUUUGAAGAAGGCGAGCGCAGUUUGUCACACAGACACUCCAGGUCCCACAGCUUGCUAUUUCCGCACGUAUAGAUGAUCGUCGAGUAAGCAUGCUUCUAGUUUGAAGAACAGAGAGAUGCAUCCUCCUGCGGGGCCUCCCGUCUACCAACAGGCAGCACAUCCCGCUCCAAAACAACGCCAACGUCCUCCGCCCGCAGCUGUGGCCAGAGCUGAUUUCGUGCUCCCGGGUGCUACACGAACUCAACGAGCUGUUCAUCAGCUAGACCCGGUCCUCAAACCCGAGGACGAUGUGCUGGAUGAGGUCGAGUACUCGUCAUCCUCCGAGUCGGAUUCGGAGGCCGAGGAGGCACCAGAGGGCGAUCGCCCUGCGCGGAAAUCCCGAGCGACUAAAUGGGAUGUUCCGCUGAGAUCGGAGUUUACGGGCAAACCGAUCUGGAAGCUGAAGUCGAUGGCUCCUUCGCCGACCAAUUACGAGAAGUGGUUGUCCACGCAGGUGCCGCGGGACCUCUGGACGUACUGCGGGAUUACUUGGCACCCAACCAAGGAAGGAUCGCAAUGGGACGGGGUAAAACAUGAAUUUUAUGAUGUGCGAACCGCAUGCAUUCAUAUACUCAUGGAGCAUGACAAAUCCUUUUUUUCAUUACAACUUCAAUCAGGUAUUUUGCUACCUGUGGUGGAGGAUCACCCAAACAAAGGAGAUUGCUUAUGCAAAAUUUGGCACGUGUAAUUACCGGGAUGAGCUCGCAGGUCUCAAUACAGCAGACCUGUGGGAUACAGCAGAGAAGAUUCGAUGCGUCGGCGAGGCGCAGCUGGGUCGGAUGGGAGCUGACGAUGCGAAACUGCGAGCGAAGGUAGAAAAUUGAUGUUUUUGGUGAAGGUGGUUCCAUCGUGAAUCACUUUACUCACGAUGGUGUUAUUUUGCAUCACAAAUAGCAGUACCACUCCGCCGUGGGUGAUGUUAUUCCGCAUGGCACGACAUCACAUAAAGUGCAUGGAUCUGAUGCCGUCGUGCAUAAUCUUCUUCACGAUGGAACCACAGCCACCAAAUAUAUCAGGCUGCGGCUUUGCGCCGCUACUACGAGUACGUCAUAUCCAGCCGCGCGUUUAAAUCCGAGAAGGCCGACGAUAAGGAACACCUGCUUCUGCAGGAGUUGUGCCCGGAGCUGGUAUUUGGAUCGCGAGACGGUCACGUCUGGCAGAUCGGGGACGGUUCGUCAGUGCGCAAAAACGGAGCCUGGGGUUCUGUGGUAUAAACCUUCAUCCACCCGUCGUGGAUAAUAUUAUCCACGAGGGAAACAUGAGCAUUUCUUCUUGAUGUUCUUUGUGCUGCUUUUCUGCAUGAGAAACUGCAUGUCAUUCCCCUUUUCAGUCCUGCAUAUUUCUAAAUACAAAUACCAGUUCACAUACCACGACGACGUCGAUCCGCUCGAUCCGAACAACGGCAUUCCAUCAACCACACCGAAUUUUAUGGGCCAGAUCCUCCAGCCCUGCGCGUUCCAAACCGGUGGUGUAAGUAAGUUGAAGAGCUCCGUUCCGGGGACGAAGUCGAAGUUUCUCGGCUAUCUCAACAUGACGAAUUGGAUUAUCAAAAUGAAAAAACAGAUGCUGCUCUUGUGAGCUUCUUCUGAGGUCGACAGUUCCAUCGUGCAUAAUGUUACUCUGCAUGCUAUGACGUAGGACACACGUGCAGCAUCUGUUUUAGCAUUGAUAAAACCGCAGCAGUUCGGCGACACGGCGAUCACCGAUCGGUGGUGCGACAAAGACAAGAACUGGCGGGAUAUGGAUACCCAGUACAUGGAGGGGACGGUCGGAGAUGAUCAUCGCUGCCGCAUGGAAUUUCACCACAAAAGCGACCAAGCCACUCCGGAAACGCGAUGGGGUAUUACCCAGAACCUCUUCCUCCCCGGGGUAACUGAGGUAGGCGACCUCCACCGCCUGCACAACAACGUAAAAAACUGCUGUCCCCAGUUGACGACGGCCCGGGAAUUGUGGGAUGACUGGGCUACGGGUCCGUGCGGCCGUUUCCAGAAUCAAUCCGAUUUCCUGGCUGCGAAGCAAGAAUGCAAGGCCAUCGCGAAAAACGACAAAGCCGAAGCUGACAAGUUCAAAUGGAAGAACUUGUGCCUGAAGGAGCAGAAGACGCCCAGUCUGGAAAAAGCCCUCGAGAAGCGUAUACUUUUUCUACAAAUAAACGCACACUUUUUGCAUGCAGAGGAUCGCGUGAUUUUCUUCCCUCGGACAGGGGAAGGCGAAGGGGUAUCCCCUGGGGGUCUAGUGACCCUCUAGAAAUCCAUCAUAGCAUGCAGGUUAGCUUUCGCUUACUGGACCACUUUGCAAUAAAAACGUGAGGGGUCUCGGGACCCUCUGAGGCCCUCCCUCAAAUUUCGCUUUUCUGGUUUUCUUGGCAUUGCAAUUUCUCAUGCAAAAGCGCACAGGUUACAACUUCUUCCACGCAAGCCAGCAGCGGUUUUUCGGCGACAAUUCGUGGACGGACAUGAUGAGCGAGUGCUACUACCAGGUGCUGCUGGUUCUGUGCCAGAUGAUCCAAAAACAGAAGAUCAAGGGCCGCAGUAUGCAACUGAAACGCACUACCUGAUGUUGGUUUGCACGGGCAUAACCACGCUGCUCUGCAUGACAUGCGUAUGUACAUUUUUAUACAAAGAAAAGCUCGCGCAAAACUACAUCGGGUAGUGCUUUUCAUUAGCAUAGCGCAGGACUUGACGAAGGAGCAGGUCGCCCAGAUUCUGGAAGAGAACAAUUUCGAGCUGUUGAUCUCGAAAACCAUCGAGGAGAACCGCGGCAAGUUGAAACCGCGGUGGUUAGGUUACCAUACGGAGAUGUACAAGGAACUGUACGACAUUGAUUACAAGCUCUUCAACGUCCAGCGCUCCGUAACGCAUGGCCACAUGAUGUUCUUCAAGCUGCUUCUGCACCUGGAAAAAAACGGGAAAACGAACAAGAACUUGGGCACGCAGGCGCUGCUCAACACGUACCGGCGGUACAUCGACCCGGAAGCAAGAAUGCACCAGCAACUAUCCACCGAAAAAAUCCAGCUGUCGCGGUCGAAGAACAGGGAUCGCACCUGGAGACACCUUGUGGCGGAUUGCUGUAAAAAAUACCACAUGAGUUCGCUGCACGAAGGUCCGGCCUGGAAUGUCCUCGUCAACGCGGUGAAUUGUUGGUGGUACUACACGGCGGAUCCCAGCUUCGGCCUCUGGGAAUCGAUGGCGAAUGAAGAGCUGACGGUCAGCGGCGACUUGGCGGCGAAGCUCGGAGACUUGACGGUGUUCGAGCUCAGCGUUACGUGAUGAAAAACUACUACUUCUAGAAGAAGCUGCUCGUGUUGAAUUGCGACUGUAGCAAUUCAUCUUUUUGUCGUAAAAAGAUGAAUUGCUUUCCUCUGCCCGAAUUCAACACGACUGCAGUCGUCCAGAAGUAGAAGCUUUGCAUAGCAUAUUUGUGUCCUGCAAAACCAACAUCAACGUCUGCUUCAAAAUGUCGGACGAUAAAGCGCUGGAGUUGUUGAAAAAGUGGCGUGUCCGGGUCGUGCGCAGUUGUCCUUUGACGGAGUUCAUACAGGAGAAUCAGUUCAAGGAGCAGAACCAGCGGCAGGCCAAGGGGCAGAAAGCGGAUAACAACUUGCGCAGCAAGAACGUGGACAAAAUCCGGCACACCUCCAUCCAACCCCGCUUCUACAAUCCGAUCCGUAUCGCUAAACCGGAGAUGUUGUAUUUGCUGACACCACGGGAAACCAAGGACAUCAUCAAGGAAAUCGCCAAGCGCAAAAAAGCGGACUCCAACGCGGGCGACCUGAAGUCCAUGAUGGAGAUAAACUCGAGAGACCGCGCAAAGGGUGCUACCCGCGAGAAGUUCAUCAACGAGGCGUUCAGGGAUCUCCGGAUGGCGGCGCACAAUAACUGGAACAAUCCGUCCAACUUCCCAAAGAAGAUCCGCAAAAUGUGCGACUACGCGGGCGACACCGAGAGCUGGUCCUGUCCGCCGGCUAAUAAACUGGGAUUCCGUGGCGUGAAGGCUUUCGUCGUGAUGAAGGGCAACUACAAAUCUGCUCUCGAGGUCAAGGCGCACAUGUCGAUGAGUGCGCGGUUUGGCGAUGACCGCGGCUACACCGACAAAUUUGCUACCGGCGAGGACUUCUGCUGCGUCGGGUAUUCCAAGUACGCUCCAGAUGAGCACGCUGCUAUCCACUAUCGCUUCUGCGGAAACGAUCCGGAGGGGUUCUUGAUGGGUAUUCAGUUGAUCCGGGUGGGGAAGAAGUUGUUCCGCAUGCCGAAUAGUGAUCAAGAACCGAAGAAGUGCGGCGGCAUUCUCGACGACUUCAUCAUGUACGAGGGCGUCGUGACGAAAAAAACCUCGUUGAAGGCCGACCCGACCUACCUCUCGCUCCGCUCGAACCUCUGGGCCGAUCCGGCGGACUACUUGCCUCUCAUGUUCCCCAGCAUCCCGGAUGACCAGCAGCUGGCAUUGCUGAAACGGGUGCAGGACACCUGGCCGCGAGUCACCGACGAACACCUGGCACUGCUGUCCCCGGACAACAAGCUCGCGCUAUUCCAAAUUUUGAACGACCAUAUGCGCAUGCAAAAGUGGCCUCCUUUUGUUUCUUUUUCUAGCAAUACAAACACACUUCUUGCGCAUGACAAAUCUGUAUAUGGCGCAACUUUGUGAUGCGGGGUAGUUGUUGUAUUUGCUGUCUUAGCAUCCAACAUCAGGAGGCCACUUUUGCAAUUGCAUACACGGCGAAGAAAUCGACGAAGAGUUCGUGGACCACUUGAUUGAAAUCAGCGGUGGGUACCAGGAGAGGGUUAUGCUUGGCGCCGGCCAGUUACAACCCAAACCGAAGAAGAAGUCGCGACGCAGUGUGCAGCAGCAGCCACCGCUCGGUCUGACACGGGCAGGGCAGACGAUGCGGGACGGGCUUACCCGGCAGCGGGCGACGUAUUCGUACCUAGUUCUCCGCACCGACGAGAAGAAGACCCAGCUGGCCCGGAUUGCGUCCCACAGGAUGGAUCAAGGUGAAGCCAACGCGCGCAUGCGAAUCCGCUGGGGAGAUUACACUCCGGCCACCGUGAAGUUCGCCGGAACCAGCAAGACAACCGGUAAUGUGACGCAGAACGUGCUCCUGGAACUCCUCCCGUAUGUUAUUUGCGAGUUUGACUUGCAGGAGGGGGACUUCCAACUGAUCCGCGUCGACGAAGGCGCCGGCUCGAUGAAGGAUGUCCCCAUCACGGUGCCGCGCAUGACGUUUGAAAUCGCUGCUGAAUCCGGACUGUUGUUGCGGCCGCUACCACCAGCACCGGAGCCUGAGGAAGAAGAAGACGACGGCACGCGGGAGAUGAACCGCGGGCUGGAGGUCAGACUGUCGUCCGAUUCCUUACUGGAUGAUCCGAAUAAUUUGGGGUUCGAGUUUGACGCCUUCCGGGACGCGGAACACAAUCGCAACGCUGAUUUGAACAAGCAGAAGUCCUUGCUGGACCAGACCGUGCCGGAAAAGAAAAAGGAUGAUGAAGAUGAUGAGUCUGCAAGUGACGAGGAUUUACCUGGUGAUGAAGCUAUGUAUGCCAAACUCUUUCCAGACUUGAAAAGAAGAAAAGGCUGAACGAUAAACAUGGGUCAAGAUAUUAUUUAAGAACUUUAGUGAAACUAUAUUUCAACGCGGGACUGAGAAAGUCUCGCUUUCUGCACAGCACCAGACCAUCCGAUUUUAGAAAAGAGUUUUCUGUGCGCUUUUGCAGCGUACAGAAAACAUUCACAAAAAUAACGACCCACUACGACGGUAUCAGAACUAUAUUUUAUUUUUAUGUUUACACAGGCUGCUCUACAGCGAUGAUAAAACUAUCCAGGUGAAGCUAGGAGGCCAGGCAAAGAGCACUUGCAAUUGUGUCCAUCUAUUUGUCAUGCGUGAUGUAAAUGCCAGCCUGCAUUACAAGCGCUCAACGACCUCGGCCUUCAUGCUUCACCUGGAUACUUCUUCCGCUGCUUGUAAGUUUUACAAUUAGAAAUUGAAUCAUAGUAAAAUGAAUUAUUUGUUAAUUAAUAACAGAGAUCCGAACUACAUUUGUGUAAAAAUGUGACAGAAAUUCAUUACUACCCAAGCCAGCUACUUACAAAACGAAAACACUGGAACUCCCAGAUGAACAAAUAGUGAAGCUGCUGUAUAAUGACACUACUUCUUACCUGAAUAUAAAAACUACAAAAAUUGACUCCUGGGCGAGUCCAGUGCUGUCAUCCGUGGCAGCAUGGCAUUUGGGUUUGUCUAUUCGCUUGCUCCAAAAAUUCGUCAGUUCGGUUGCUGGCUAGAAGAAGACUUGGACGUUUGGGAUUCGGUCUGCUCGUAGUCGGAAAUGAUCUGCAGCAGUCCGCUUGCGAAGCUGCUCUCGGUAUUGUUUUUGACAUAAAAUUUUUCGAGAACCCCGUCAGGACGCGGACGCUUGACCCCCGGCGCUUCCGGAAAAAUAUCUAACGUCUUUUUGCCGGGCCUGGGUUGUUAGUUUUCCCUAUUGCAAUUUGUACAUGGUAUUUAGAUUUAUUCGCAUCUACUUCCUGCGACUCACAUAAUGAAAAAAACAUGGCUUAUAGUACCCGUGCUCGGAGGCCACGUGGCCAGUGUCUUGUAACACCUUGAACGGCACCAGGGCGGAGCCAUGUAAUCCGCCGAACUGCUUCGGGGUUAGUGCGGUGCGGCCGUGCAACAGCAGGAAGUCACAGGCGUCGCCGUCAUACGCUGCGCCGCUCGCCCUGUAUUACAGAUGAAAUUAUGGAGGUGUUCUUUAUAUGUAAUGAAAAACUAUCGCGCAGGCAGUACGCCACAAAUUUGCUCAGCAUCACAGAUAAAUUUUUGCCCUGCUGAUAUGCCUCGGCUUAAUAGAUUUGUCAUGCGAAAUUCCUGCUACAACAAGCUCGACGCUUUUGCAUACAGUUUUUUUGUCGCGCUGACAAAGUAACCCAUUCACUUUUGCAUCGACAACAGCAGGAAGAAACGUUUGUCAUGCGCCACUGAUGUGCAGACUGCAAGCGCGAUACCUUUUCAACAUAUAUUUUCUGUCGGGCUGCCGCGUUCGCAUAAUCAGUUGGACAUCGACAGCGGCGACAAAAAAUAAAGAUACGCUUACCGCUUCAUCGAACAGCGGAGAUUCAGUGCCACAGAUUUUUCCUUUCGCGGCAGCAGAAGCUUCUCCUGGACGGAAUAAACCUUGUCGGGAUUCGUGCGGUCUGUGAGGUAACCGUCAACAACUCCGAACUCGGUUUCGGGCGGGGAGUAAAUCAAGUCCGUCCCUUGAAUAGUGUCCAUGAACGCCGCCCGGGCGGAUUGCUCCAUCAAGGUGGCCUCGGUGUACGCCAGCAGAAGAGGGUUCGCGUUGGUGUGCCGAAUCGUGAGGUCGCUUUCCCACAAUUCCAGCAGCGUGGGGCACAGACGCUCCAAGCAGACGCAUUUUUGCGCGAUCGCAAUUUCGGAAUAAUCGCGCACGCGGUGCACUGGCUCCAAAAAGAGUCUCUCCGUAUCGUCGCACUGCAAACCAAUCAGCACCGUGCCAUGCAGGCGAUCAGCCUGGUGCCGCAAAAUGUAUCGCAGACGACGACUAAAUGCUGCGUCCCACUCGGAAGUACUUUUCAAUUGCGUUCCAAUCCAGUAGUCGUUGUCCUCCCCAUCCGGGCGGGCAGCGCGCACACGAGGACGAAUGAGUAAAUCGUUGGUCGUUUCGAAGAUAAACUUGAUCUCGAACUCGUGCCGGAUCAGUGCACAAAAAUGGUCUACCGAGACAUGCUCGAUUUCGUGUGGAAGUGUUCCCAUUUUGAAUAGUUGCUAGCUGGUCUCGUUCGGAACCGACAACCGUAGUACUACUCGUAGAAGCGACAGCACGUACAGAGAAGGUAUCUCGGUGGGAAAUAUCCACGUUGGGGUACUGCCUUGAGAUCGUAAAUCCUACACCAUAGCUUUUCACUUUCCACCACAGGUCCUCGCCAUGAAUAGAAUCCUCGCCCCCGAGUAUGUCCGUAAAUGUAAUUCCACCGAAUUGACGGGUUUUUUCUCAUUGCAGCUGUGAAACCACACCGAGUUGUAGUUGUUGACAGUCCGACCUUAAAUCUUGAAGGAUAGGGAGUGCCUAGAUUAGCACCUCCGCAACACAAAAAUGGCCUCCGACGCUAAUCCGCACGGCAGUCCGCGCUGCGUUACGACACACAUCCGGAGGCGUCGUGUUAGCUACCUACUAUACUACCUAACUCAGCUAGCUACUUCGAUGCUACACUAGAUAGUUUUUACAUCCUACAUACCGAUUUUUGAAAUAGUUAGAAAAACUGUCGUUAGGCGCGCCAUAGGACUGCACAGCAAAGUUCCAGGGGAACGGCUACUGGCACCUGCAGUUCAACACUUCGUGAACUUGCUUGGAUUUCGCAGCGAGCUGCGCGCGUUUGGCGAUACCAGUCACAUGCUUGUACAGGGCGUGCUGAAAAUGAAGCGUAGAAACGUCGAAAACGAAAAGUAAAAUGCUCUACCUUUUUUUUUUUCAAAAAACGAGCAUAUGAGAACACGAGGCAUUUAUUACAAAGCCAGCGCAAAU